AUGCAGCCUGAAUCAGAAUUCCGAAUCCGAUCAAAUCCCAACCACGCCUCAUCGGAUCCCAACACUCCACGUGGCGUCAAAGACGACCUCUCCGAGUUCACCAAAAGCCUAACUAGUCAAUUCUGGGGCGUUGUUUCCUUCCUCGCUCCGCCUCCUCCCGAUUCAACGGAACGAAAGCACGAGCAUCCGGUUGAGAAGUUGCGUCCGAGGAAGAUGGUCUUGAAAAAUACGCGAUUGGACGCAGUCGGUGUGACCUAAGAAGUGAUUGCUUUCGCCAAUAUGGCGAUGCAUCCAGAAACUUGGCUCGAUUUCCCGAUUCCGAUGAUGGUGAUUUUGAUGAUUUUGAUAUGUCUGAUGAGCAACAUGAACAUGCCUUAGCUGUUGAACGUCUUGCACCAAGAUUGGCUGCUC